AUGGAUCAUUAUUCCAAUGUACGCAGUUUUAAGAGGCCAAGUCCGUUUGAAAUACCCACCAAGGAACAACUAGUCGCUAUUUUCAAUCCGCCCAUUAAGAAAAGGAAACAUGGACAAGACCCGGCUGCAACAAACACUUCAAUAAAAUCCAUUCCUUCACCUGCAUUAUCCCCACAACAAUUCCCUGGAUCCAGGAGAAUUUCUUCUUCUUCUUCUUCUUCAUCGUCGCCAUCAUCAUCGUCAGUAUCACCAUCAUCAAAUUCGGUGGAUGCAAAAAAAUUUAAUGAAAAUGGCAUGACGACGCAUUUUCACCCAAUGACACGAGUACCCAUCUUGAAUGCGGUACCGCCCGAUAUCAUCCCCAUAAUCCACCCACCUUCGAUAACAUCGGACUUUUUCACCGAUAUCAAGACAGACUUAAGCGAUCGCAGGACGUUGGAACAGGUUUAUGGUAUAUUGAAGAAAUUCCCCCCGCCAUUACCGCCACCGCCGGUGGGGAAACCUUUUUCCUUCAUGACUGCAAAAAAGGAAAAACCAGAGAGUCUAGCCUCUGCGAAAAAUGGUAAUCGACGGAAACCUCGUUUUUUGGAAGGUGGUGAAGAAAUUGAAGAUUUAACCAACAACAACAACAACGACAAUGACAAUGACGAGGCACUGGCAGCAGCAGAUGGCGAUGGCGAGGGCGAUGGAGAAGGUUAUGGUGAUGGCGAAGAAGAAGAAGAGGAGGAAGAAGAAGAGGGAGACGAGGAUGCCGAGGAUGAUGAAGACGACGAACAAGAACAAGAACGGUACCUGGGCGGUGUAAUGGUGCCAUUCAUAUACCCGCCUCCUCCCGUAGUGGAUUUCGACGCAUUGCCAUUCUCACUCGGCGCCUACAAGAAGCGAUACGAGGAAGCACUCAAAACCUUGAGUGAGAAUGAGAUGAAGGAAUUGAUAAAUGGCACUUCAUCGCCCAUCCCCGAGGAUCACCGGUAUCCUGAACGAGUCAUUCUUAAAAAGAGGGCUCUGGCGUUGAGGAAAGGGUCAAUGAGCGCAGAACCACCUUCACCGGAAGAGAGCACCAGCCCUCAACCUAAGUCGUCAGCGUCGCCUGAAAAGAAACAGGACAAACCAUCACCAUCAGCACCAUUACAGUCACCACCACCACCGCCACCACCUCAACAAACACAACCACCGCUACAAAAACCUGAAGCUGAAGUCAAGGUUGAAGCUGUGAGCAGUCAAAGAUAUAUUCAAGCUCCCCCAUUACCAUUUCCACCGCCAAAUUUCAUGGCGUACCCCUUAUCGGCACAACAUUCAACAAUGACCCCCGAGGAUGUAUUUGAGGCUUUCCUUGACGCCAAUCUGAGACUACCGCGUACAGACAUGGUCGUUGCUAGCGCUGCUGGCUCGAUUGCCGAUAUGAGGAAGCAGGCGACAGAAGAAGGCUUCAACCUACGGGAUCAGAAGAUAUCGAACCGGGUAACAAAAGGAGAGCAAGCUGAGGAUGAACCUUGUGAAGUCAGUUCAGAUAAUGAUGAAGAGGACGAGGAGUUGAGCGAGGGUGAGCUUGAAGAGCGGACCUACUACGAUCGAAUAAGCACAAAUGUCUACGAGGACCUAUACGCCGAGGAGUGGAAAGCAGAGGACGAGAGCCUGCAGAAAUACACGGACCCAAACUUUGCACAUGUUGAUGCCAGACAUAGCGACAUCAAGCACGGGGAAAAGGGAACUACCAUGCAUAUCAAGCAGAGGCCCGUUGAAGACAUUUAUUCAUUCUCUGAUCCUCCUCCUCCGCCUGGUCCAACUUCUAGAUCGGGAUUCGAUCGAAUCAAUCGCAUGGAAAUAUUCCCCACCCAUUAUCGAGAAAUCACCUUGAGCACGGGCAACAAUAAACAGCGCAGAAGGAAAAACUUGCGGUCUUCGUUGGACACGUAUGAAAACUGGGCUCGGGAAAACCGAGACAGGAUAUAUCGCGCUAAAAAGAGCCAACUCUUGCGUCGGUUGAAACUUUUGCAACUGACGCGAAUAGGAUUUAGGGAAACUUCAGCAAGUAUUAAGGACCCCGAGUUGGCAAAUUUUGUCCAUCAAUGCGAAGUUGAGCGGGACUAUGAAAUUACACGCAUCAAAUUAUCUGAAAAAUACCAAUUGUUGAAAAACUCGUUGAUUUUUUAUCAUGAUUCGAAUCACGUUUACAAACACAUGAACUCACUCUUGAUUAAUAAAUUGGAAAAACUCAAGAACUUUUUCGGGUAUCAGCGUGAUUUAUUUGAAAAGUAUUUGAAGAACCCCGAUUCGGAUAUUUUCGAUAUCGCAAGCAAGGAUUCUUCUAAGUUGUUUCACAGUAUUGCGACGUCCUGCGAUGGUAAUGCCAAUGGUGGCGUCAAUGGCACUACGAGUUACACGCACCCCGACACGCGAAUAUCCAACCUCGUUCAAACAACAUUCAAACACGCCAUAGUCCACGACUUCAUGCCAUUGAUAACCCAGCGUGAAUUUGUCCUCAUAACAAGCGACUUGCACAAGAAAAACAAGCUGGACGCUAGUAAAGCGGGCAACUCGAUGAAACACAAGAUUUUCAAAAACCCAUUGUACAUGACCUCGGGUUCAGAUACAAAUGCCAGUGAUAGCAAUGCCGGUGGUACGACUGGCACGAGCGCAGCAACUUCGGGCAAGAGCCCCGUUGGUCACCCCCCUAAACGUCGUGGCCGUCGCGCCGCUGCCGCCACCACCAAUACAUCAACAUCAUCAACAACAAAUGGUGCUGCGAGUGCUAAUAAUAGUAAUAGCGCAUCGGCAGCAGCGGCAAAUCAAGCUGGGUCCGUCAGUGGCUCAGACCGGAACUCGUCGCCGUUCUUAUUCGAUUUGGAAAUUGGCCGAGAUGAAGAAAUCAGCGCCAAGAGCACCGAUUCCAAACAUGCCUUCUUGAUGAACCGGAUCCAUAAGCAUUGGCAGCCCAACUUUGGCGCCAGCAGCGAUGAAAUCGACCACGAUUUCAAGUUGAUGGGCAUCGAGACGAAAUGGCCCGUUGCAAAAUGA